AUGGGUGCCAGGACGGUUACCCUCAAGAGCGGAGCUGUGAUUCGGAUUCGCCCAUAUCGUCCCGAUGACCGCGACCAGGUCAUUCGGAUAUUUAGCCAGGGCAUGUUGGGCUUAGCGUGGCCCGACGGUGUUGGCCAUGUUUUCAACACGACCCGUUUGCUGCGACUCAUGGCUUGUGCUGCACCGGCCGCUGCUUUGCUUGUCACCGCCAAGCGUAGUAGCUUCGUUCUCAAGGCCGUUAUGAGCCUUGGCGGGGCUGCCUUCGCCCCCUGCCUCGCCUUUGGUAUCCUCAAAAAAGCGUUGAAACAAUAUGUCAGGAAGUCUAUAAACGGCCCGGAUCUCAGCGACAUCGAGACCUUCUACUCAGCAGCAGGUGCUGGUCACGGAAGUGCCUUCUGGGUCGCAGAACUUCUUGAACCAGAGGUCCCGAGCACUGCGCCCCACGGCGACGCGAUGUCGGCCCUUCCAUCCUUGUCGCUCACUCCAGCCGCUGCCGGCGAGCCAAGACUAGACCAGCGCAGUUCUUCACCAGAGUUUGCUGGAGCCUCUGCAGCGACACUGACGGUGGGGCCCUCCUCAUCAGCAGCUGUCGCAGGAGCAGAAAAUAAGGAUGUGCUCGCGCAGCUAGCAGGAUCAAUGGCAGCACCCCAGUCCCCAGUGGACAUGCUUAUAACCCAACCAGUGGCUGGGGACGGCGUUUCAACGGACAGCAUUUCUGCCAAAAGCACGAAUGGACACAACAUUAACACAGCGACUCCGGCGCAACCGGUAGAUGCGGAUGAGCACCAAGUCCGUGAGCUGGUAGCUGGCCUGGUUGCAGCCGCAGUCGCCAGGAUUGAAGGGGUGCAAAGUCCAUCACAGUCGCCGUCGCCGUCGCUGCUGUCACCGCGACCCACAUCGGAGCGACCGCUCCCUGAACGGCCCCCAGUGUUCCGGAUGUCCUCUAGCCUGCAGCGUUACAAAGAAGAAGAAGAAGAAGCACAGAUGCGGCAGCAGGAUGAUGGUGGGUCCAAUGGUCCCAGCUCCACGGAUUCGGAUAGGAAGGCUGCAGCAGCGGGGGCGCCACCGGCUGCUGCGUCGGGGCCUGAAACGCCCGCUGUGGAGUCAAAGCGACUGCGCAUUGGUUCGCCCCUGGUGGAGCCAACGGCGAAGCCGUCGCCGCCCAUACAGCCCCGCCAGAUGCCCACUAUGGCGGUGGCUGCGGAAGCGCAGGGGGCGCCUCCUCCUCGACCAGCAGCGGUGGAGCUGCAGCCGCGCAGCAGCAGCGCGCGCCGGGCAACCAUCAUCGGCCACGUUGCGCUGGAGCGAAAGUCUUGGAAGCUUGCGGAGCUGAGGCGCAUGAGUGUGCUGAAGCAGUACGCGGGGCAGGGCGUCGGAGGUCAAUUGUUGGAGACCCUGGUGCAGCACGCGCGGGACGUUGGAUUUCGGGAGCUUGUGCUAUACACGUCUGGCAUGCAGCCAGCGGCGCGGCGGUUGUAUGAGCGCGGUGGUUGGCAGCUUAGCCAAGUAACCCGAGAGCGAAACUUUGAUUUCUACACCUAUACUAUGGACCUGACCAAGAAGCGCUAA